AAAACAAAAAAACAGCUGCUAGAAUUUAAUAACACCCGCUUCUAUAUUUUAGGUUUUCGAAUUGAAAAUUUUAGGGCGCGCAAGGUUGAAGAAGAUGUCAAACACAAGUUCGAGUCCGACGACCGCAAUUCGGGGAUCAAGCAGCGGAGCGAACGCGGCGUCUACGGCGGUGGUAAUGGCAGCAGGAGGGGGAGGAGUGACUAUGACUAUGAGAGGGCCAUGCCCACCGACAACGGCAACAGCAUCAACGAUUACAACUUCAUAUCACGAACAGCAAUGCCUGCCAACAGCGGCGGUGGUGUACCCAGUAGCGUCCUCCGGUAGGGGUUUCCUUUCAACAAACCACUCUUGUCGCCCUAUCCUUCCUUAUCAUCCUCAUCCUCAUUCUCAUCCCUUUGGCAACCCCAGGCCGCCGCCUCCACCGCCACCACUUCCCCAUCCUACUCACUUCCAUCCUCCUCUUAAAGGCCUACCCCCUUCUCUCCAUCCCAAGGUUGCUUCAUCGCCAUUUCCACAUGCCGAAACUAAAGGAUAUAAAGGUGUUAGGGAGAGAACCAAAGAUGAUUCUCUUGUCAAUGUUAGGGACCGAAAGGUCAGAAUAUCUGAUGGGGCUUCGAUUUAUUCUCUUUGCCGUUCAUGGUUGAGAAAUGGGUUCCCAGACGAACCUCAGCCCCAAUAUGGAGAUAUUUUCAAGUCUCUUCCACAACCUUUACCUAUACCGGUUACGGGUAGUUUGCCAAAGGAAGCAGAAGAUAGAGAAGAACAAGUAGAGGAGGAUAAAAAGGAGGACGAGCAAUCAGUUGAGAAUUUGUCAACAGAAGAUCUGUUGAAAAGGCAUAUUAAUCGGGCUAAAAAGGUUAGAUCAAGGUUACGACAAGAACGUUUGAAACGAAUCGUGAGAUACAAAACAAGGCUUGCACUUCUGCUACCUCCCCUUGUAGAACAGUUCCGAAGUGAUGCUGCUGCUGCAGCUGCAGCCGUAGGGAACUGAUGGGAUGAUUAGUAAGCAUCCGAAGAAAGUAAUGACAUACAGGGGCCUCCUGAAUUCCUGAUAUGAUGAGUUUAUUUUAUAUAUAUGGUAGUUUUUUUGUUUUAAUAAUAGAGUAGGAACUAAUAGAGUGUAAAGGGAGUGACCCAAGUUUUUAUGUUCAAGUGUGAGUGUUAUAGUUUGGGUUUAGAGCUUCAUAUUGAUUUGUUAAUGGUGUGGUAUUAUUGGCUUUGGAAUAGGUUCUCAAUAUCAAGGGAAGGGUGCAUGGUUAAAAACCACUCUCUGUUAGUUUAGUUACUACUAAUUACCUUGAUUUUAUUAGUAUGAAUAAAUUAUACUAGAAGACAUAUAGGUUUUGCUUAUAUUGGUAGGACAAAUUUUGAUAAAAUAAGUAUUCUCUGUGCUUAUAAUAAA